UCAACUGUAAGUGUCAAAGAAAACCAAGCAGGAAAACCACAUGUUCAGGAUCCAGAUACACAUUAAAGUUUUGGGCAUCAUUGAACCCCAUUGACUGGUUGGUAGAACUUCGCAGUGGUUCAUUAUGUGACUGAGCCAGACCUCUGGAUGAUUGAGUGGCAUUGUAUGGUUCUAAAAUCUUCUGAAGUGGCGUAAUGACUGCUGGGAAGGUUUCUCUGAAAGUGACUUAAUAUUGUCAGUUGACCUAUAAAAGGUUUUAAAUAAGGUGGAGGGUCUACAAUGCCGGACGUCUGUUUCUUUUCCAAAAGCCCUGAAAACCUUAUCUGUGAUCAUGACAUUAGGGAUUCCUUGAAAACUCAAGAGAUUUUACAUCAAAAAGUGUCCUAUGUAAGAAAGCUGAAAAAGUUAUUAUUGAAUAUUUUAGCAUGAUGAUGAUCCUAAACAGAUAUACAAAAGUUUGGACACAACUGCUUAUUCAAUUCAAUGGGAAGUUGUAUCCAAUCUUUUGUCUGGCAUUGUAACAAAAAAAAACCAAAAAAAAAACAAGAACUUAAAUUUAUCUCAAAGACCUUUUCAACAUUUUCUGUUUUUUCUGGCUGUGACCUAUAACAUGCAGCAGCUUGUAUAACUCAUGUGUUCUCCAGAAUGGAAUCACACCUCUUCAUAUAGCCUCCAGGAGGGGCAACAUGAUGAUGGUCAGAUUACUGCUGGACAGAGGAGCUCAGAUCGAUGCCAAAACAAAGGACGAGCUGACUCCUCUUCAUUGUGCAGCCCGGAACGGUCAUGUUCGCGUUAUUGAAAUCCUCCUGGAACACGGUGCUCCCAUCCAGGCUAAAACUAAGAACGGUUUGUCCCCAAUUCACAUGGCAGCUCAGGGGGAUCACAUGGACUGCGUCAGGCAGCUACUGCAAUACAAUGCUGAGAUUGACGACAUCACACUGGACCAUCUGACCCCGCUUCAUGUAGCAGCCCACUGCGGUCACCAUCGCAUGGCCAAAGUCCUUCUGGACAAGGGAGCCAAAGCUAAUGCUCGUGCCCAAGAAUGCUUCUGGUUGUAA